AUGACCGUCCCUGAACCCCCCUACAAGCUCGAGGGUCAUUGCUCCGUCAUCUACAGCAAUACCCUCUACGCCUUCUCGAAAAAAGGCCUCCUAUCAAUUCCGCUUUCCCAGAAUGGCACCUGGUCCGAAUUGUCCGAAGGCAGCACGCCCGUAUCCGACGCAGUCUGCGUGCUGGGAGGAAUUGAGGGUAACGAAGAUGAAAAAGCCCUCUACGUGGUCGGCGGGACCGGCGACGACCAAGAUUACCCCGGACUCCAACGGUACUCCUUCAAGGACAACAGGUGGGACAUCCUCGGAUCUGCACGAACCGACUUCUCGGACCGUACCGGACACGGCGCUGCCUACCUGAGUUCCUCUGCUUCGAUUGUUGUCUACUCGGGCAGCCAGACUGGCGACACCACUCCCUCUUCGCAAAGCUGGUCUAUCUCGGCAAAGUCUCCGUACGACUCCUCUUCGGUGCUCAGCCAAGGAGCACCGCCAGCUUAUCAGCCCAUGCUGUUGUCCUGGAACUCUUCAGAUGUCGCCAUGAUCGGUGGCCAGCAGCAGAACGGCAUUGUUUAUGUUUAUGGUGAUGGCGACUCAGGCUGGGCUGAGUCUGGUGCAAGUCUGCCAAGUUCACUGGACUCAUCGGUCCAAGUUGCUUUGAUGGACGACGGCUCAGAUGGCAAAAUUUUGCUGACGUUUAAUAUGGAUGGCUCUUCUUCAGUGACGAGCUAUGCUCUAGUCAACGAUAAUGGGGAGGUACAGUCGCCGGCCUCUGAGCUGGGUUCUUCCAAGAAGCGCAGUCUGAGCGAUUAUCCCACAUAUGGUGACAAAUUUGCUCCGACACAGAAAUGGUCAGACUACUCUGUUGCCUCGCAGCAGGGAAUCGCUGUACUCUCUGGCGGUGGUGGUGAUAAUUCAUUGGCCAUCUUUAACCAGACUUCCAAUAGCUGGGCCAACGCCACCGAGCUGUUCUAUGGCAAGCCUAGCCAACAUAUGUUGAAAACACAUACCACCACAUCAUCGACUUCGUCAAGCACACCAACUCCCACCGCGACAUCGUCCAUCUCCGCCUCGGCCACAACCACCAGCACUUCCACCUCCACUCCUGCCCCGGCUGCUGGUGGAAGCUCGCACGCUGGUUUGAAAACCAUCCUCGGUGCGACUCUCGGCAGUGUGUGCGGUGUGGCCCUCAUCCUUCUCCUUCUGCUCUUCUUCCUCCGCCGCAAGAAGCAACAGCAAGCCCAGAACGGCAAGUUGGGUGGCAAUGAUAGCAAGGACCGGCUGAGCUUCCAAGACCAGGGGAUAGAACCCCUUGCCAAUGGUGCUUACCCGAUGGCCAAGAGUCCGGUCCCCGUCGCUUCCAUCUCGAACGAUUCACUUGCUAUCAUGUCUGGUCACGUCAGUGGGGAGAAGACCCUCAAGCCGCCCCCGGGCAACGCUGGCUAUGGCCUGUCCAACCGCCCACGCGAUAGCAGCCCGCUCUCUCCCAUUCCAUCCAGCGGCCUGGCGCCCUCGAGCAUGUACUCUCAAGAGCCCGAAGGCGCAGCCAUCGUUGCCGGUGGUGCGGCCGGAGCUGCAGCCGCCAGCUCCAACAAGGCCGGUGACCGCACCACCGACGAAGGAUGGGGCAAAUACUUCGAAGACAGCAACAGCACCUCAAAUCUGGGCGGCAUGCCUGCCGACCGCUCGACCGUCAGCUCCGUCUACACAAAAUCCGACUACCGCGGAAGCGCCUGGCCCAUGGCUAACCUCACCCCCGUGAACUUCGGCCUCCUUGACCAACCAAAGCCCUUAGGCCAAGUGUACAGCGGCAGCCCGACGACCGAGAACCCUCCCUCCUCCGACCGGAGCCUCGCCAUCCCCGAAGCCCAAUCAGCACGCAUCUCGAGCGCAGACUCAAUCAGUCUCGCCUCAGAUGAUGACCCCCACGACACAGCCUGGACAGGCGCACACAAACAGAGCUGGCUGGGCCGUCCACCCAGCAGCAACUAUAGCACUAGCUUCUACAACUCUAGCACACGAGACCUGCAAAAUACGAAUUCAGGCUACUUUCCCGAUAUGAGUCGGCAGUCUCAUGGUCGGCGGUCGAGCGUGGUAAUACCAGACGACAUCGACGAGCUCCGAGCCGGUCGCGAUCAUAAUGUUAAUUCAGAUAUGAGCUGGCUUAAUAUCCACGCUGAUCGCUGA